UACAGUCUUCUUUCGGAUAUCGUUCCAAUCCAAAGCAAUCCAAUUGUUUUUGGGUGUUGUUUUUAGAGCGUUGUCAAAUUCGAAAUUAGAGAACCAUAAUAUUUUACACUGGCAGUGGGACGAAGAAGCUAAAAAUGCCGAGCUGUUCCGCCUGGGGCUGUAGAAACAAGCAAGGCGGCACAGUGGGCGCAUCAUUUCACAGGUUUCCGUUCGGCAGAGCAGAUAUCCUCAAAUUGUGGUUGCACAAUAUGAGCCGCGAAAAUUGGGAGCCGAAUAGGAAGUCACUUUUGUGCUCAGACCACUUCCUCGAGCGAUGUUUUGACCGGACGGGACAAACAGUACGACUCAGAUGGGCUGCGAUUCCGACUAUGUUUGCUUAUCCGGAAGAUAAAAAGCCCGAAGUCAUAGAGUACAUUGGUGACAAGGCACAUGCAGCCGAAAGCAACCUUACCAACCUCGACGUGUUUGAAGUGGAGGAGGAUGACGACGACUUGCCAGUUGUCACCACAGCAGCGGACGAUGCAGUAUUGGACAAGGCAGCUGCAGCUCAUGGCAUUGAGCACAACUACCACGAGGAUCCAACCAAACAGGUGCCUGCUGAUGUUGCCGAUAAGGUCAGGUUGAGGAAGAAACUCAAAACAGCACACCAGAGGAUACGACGCCUUGAUGAGAGGGUCUCCACUUUAAACGACAUGGUCUACUCCCUGCUUCACAACAAAAUUACUGAGUUAUAGCUGUAGCUUCUCUCAUCUGAUGAGAAGUUGGACCGACUGUGUGCUUUUACAGUGACCACAUGAGGUAGAACUUGGUUGACAGUACAGGUUGAGUGUUAUUGGCGCUGUACGAGAGUGGCAAGUCUAUAGAAGGCAGCUCCGAUUAGUUCAAACAUGGUGGUCUAAUAAAAUAGUGUAAAGGCA